AUGGAUAUAGUAAUACCGGAAGGUGAGUAUGAAGGGGAUUUGUUUGAAAAUCACCGUGGACACGCCGUCUUUGAGGCUGUAAAUGAGCUGAGACGGCUGGGAUACGGGUUUGACGACAUUCUCAGACAGUCUGGGUGCGAUCGAGCGUUUCUGGAAGGCAUCUUCCAGACAAUGAAGAUACCUCUACAAGAGCGUCGCCAGACAAAGCCGUUUCACACAAACGACUGGAUAGACCAGCUGGUGUUAGAGGUGAGCGAGGACGAAGAGCCAGAGGAGGCAGAGCCAGCCAGCUUGAAGGAAAAGCAAGACGAGAUCCACCGGAUGAGAGAGUACAUCAGAGAGUUGGAAAGCCGACGAGCGCCUCAGCCCGUGCCCAGGGAACCCAAAAUGGUCGAAAUGGAAGCACUUCGGAAGAAACUGAACUCUGCCAACAGGACCGCGCUCGCUCUCAAUGAAACCAUCCGGAAGCUGGACUUCCAACUGAAGCUGAAGAAAACCGACCUGGACAAGACCUUGAAAGAGAUCGAGGAACUUGAGGAUCGCAUUGAAGCACUUCGGGCUUCGACCCAGCCCAAUGAACCUAGCGAAGUACUAGAGCUUUAG